UUAUGUGUAGAAAAACAAAUAUGGCUGCCUCCAUGCAUUUCGACUUUUCAGCAUCAAGAAAAAAGUUUACAGAGUUUCUCCAUCAUUCAAGUGAGGAGGUCCAAACCACACUUGAGGGAAUUGACAAAUAUUCUGGCAGUGAAACAGAAAAGAAGUUGGCACUGGAUCAGUCCCUAAGAGAUGCACUUAAAGAAGCUUUGGUUUUCCAAAAGGGCUAUGAUGUUUUCAAGGCUUUGAUACACUUUUCUGUAGAAGCUGCAUCUAAAGAGAUGUGCUCUGCUUCCACACCAUUCCUGAUGUUGUCGGACAUCUUUGACAUGAUGACCUUGGACAAGUGUGAGGAGGUGUUUAACAUCGUGGAGGAGAAAGUGACAACAUGGAAGUCUAGCAUGUUCUAUGAUGCUGGAAAAAACUAUCUGCUACGAAUGUGCAAUGACUUAAUUCGUCGUCUCAGCAAGUCCCAGAACACUGUGUUCUGUGGUCGGAUUCAGCUGUUUCUGUCCCGACUCUUCCCACUGUCAGAGAAGUCGGCUCUCAACCUCAUGAGUCAGUUCAACCUGGACAACGUCACUGUGUACAAUGUCAAGUCAGAUCAACGCAAAAUAAAGCUGAAGGAUGACAGCAAGGAUGAAAGUAUGGAUGUUGAGGAAGGAGAAAUGGAUGACUUUUCAAGCUCCAGUGGUGUUCCCAUAGACUACAACCUUUAUAGGAGAUUCUGGUCACUGCAGGAAUAUUUCCGGAAACCGGCACAGUGCUACGAGAAAGUGGCAUGGAAACAGUUUGUCGUGAAUGCAGACGAGGUGCUAGCAGCUUUUGACAGUCUAAAGCUGGACGAUCUCAAGUCCCAGAGGAAGAACCCACAUGCCAGGAAGCAGCCAGACACACAGACUUUUUUUGCAAAGUACCUCACCAGUGAAAAGCUUCUGGAUCUGCAGCUGAGUGACAGCAAUUUCCGGCGUUAUGUGCUGGUCCAGUUCCUCAUCCUCUUCCAGUACCUCAACCUGCAGGUCAAGUUCAAGAAUGCUACCCAAGUCUUGAAUGAUGAUCAGAGCAACUGGUUAAAGAAUGCCCAGGAGAAAGUGUAUCAGCUGAUCAGAGAGACACCGCCUGAGGGGGAGAAGUUUGCUGCCACAGUUGAGCACAUUCUGCAGAGGGAGGAGAACUGGAACAACUGGAAGAACGAGGGCUGCCCCAGCUAUGAGAGGGAGACACCAAAGGAUGCGCCCAAAAUGAAAGUCAGAGCGAAGCGCCGGCGUAUUGGGGAUGAUCUGAAAGCUAGUGGAGGGAAGAUUAUCAAGAUGGGCAGUGGAGAGCUGACUCGACUAUGGAACAUCAACCCUGAUAACAUGGAUGCUUGCAAGAAUGAAAAGAGAGACUUUCUACCUCAGCUUGAUGACUUCUUUGGAGAAGCCAUUGAGCAGGAUGACCCUGAGGCUAUGAUCGAAGACAACUACAAACUCAUUUACGAGCAAAGUUUCCAGUGGAAGGCCUUGCGUCUCCUUGCCCGCCGAUGUCCCCAUUUCUUCACUCACAACAACACUCCAGCAAUACCGAUUCCUAAAUACCUGGAACUGAUGGUCAAGAAACUAGCCACAGAAAUGCCAUCCCAGUCCAGUGAAGACACAAGCGGAGAUCAGCAGGAGAUGAAGACCGAGAUCGGGGAGGAGGAAGAGGCCAUUAAGGAGACACAAGAUGAAGAGGACCUCAAACAGGGCAAUGAACCAGACAAGGACGAGCCUGCUGAGGAGCAGCUGACGAGGGCACAACUGGAAAUGGUGGCAGGGAAGCUGGCCGACGACUGGAAGAAGCUAGGGACGGAGCUCAACUUCCCAGAAGAUGAUAUGGGCUACUUCGAGGAAUCGUGUGACAAGGUCGCUAAACUGUCUGGACUCAAGAUGCUGACUGUGUGGAUGGAAAGCGAGCCGGAGAGGGCAACCAUUGGUGCACUACAGAUAGCCCUGAAGGAGAUCGGCCAUGUUGAUAUUGCCACAGAAGUGUUCGGGGCCUUGACAUAGUGGCACCAAGUCUGUGAUGGGUGUCCACUCACAUUGCCAGGAUUCAUUGUAUUGACAUUGAUGACGUUAUGUGUACUAGUGAUGGAUCCAAAUGAACUUUUAGUCCAAUCUCAUUAAAAUCAGAUCUUAGUUCUCGCUAAGGACAUCCCACUUCGGGUCACGUCAGAACGACUUUUCAUCCAACCAAUCAGAGCGUCGCUUACCAGAUCAUGGAAUGUGUUUUCUAAUC